AUCGAGCGAGUCGAUGGGCUCGCUUGCCUGCCUCGGUCCAGACCCCCUUGCCUUCCUGAUGGCACAGCCCACGGUUUUGCUACCACCACCUCCUCUGCCCCGUCCUCCUCCUCCUCCAGCCGCUGCUGUCGCUGCUUAUAGCAGCGCGCUGCCGGCCCUUUUUUCUUCCCCACGACUGCCGCUUCCCUUCUUCUUCCUCGCACCGCGUCCUUAUCGCCUCUCCUUUCUCCGAUUCCUCGCCGUUAUCGCGCCAAAGGAUCGCUUUUUUUCCCUGCGAGAUAAUUAAUAUCACCGGCCUGUUGGUACGGUGGUUGAUCGAUGAAGGUGGUUGCUGGGGGAGUGGAGGUGGCGAAGCCCGCCGGCACGGCUGCCGGGGAGCGCACGGCCAAGCGGCGGCGGGUGGCGGCGGAGCCGGCGGGGGUGAGGCGGCCCGGGGUGGCGCGGCGCGGGAGGAGGAGGCGGGUGCAGGCGGACGCGGCCGCCGUGCAGCGCCUCUUCCAGGCCUGCCGCGACGUCUUCAGGGGGCCCGGCACCGUGCCCAGGCCCGACGAGGUCCGACUGCUCCGCGACAUGCUCGACAGGAUGAAGCCGGAAGAUGUCGGCCUAAGCCCAGAUCUCAAGUUCUUCAGGGCUAGAGAUGCCGCUCAAGGAACCCCCACCAUUACGCACACGACAAUAUACAAAUGCCCAAAUUUUUCGAUGGUUAUCUUAUUUUUGCCGCAGAAUGCAGUCAUCCCUCUCCACAAUCACCCUGGAAUGACGGUAUUCAGCAAGCUGCUCCUCGGAUCCAUGCAUAUCAAGUCAUAUGACUGGGUUGAUGCUGAUUCUGAUCCGUCAGCGAGCAGCUGUUCAUCUUCAGCUGAUGAUCAAUUGAGAUUGGCAAAACUGGUGGUGGAUGGUGUUUUUACAGCGCCGUGUGACACCUCAGUCCUGUAUCCGACGACGGGAGGAAACAUGCAUCGAUUUACCGCCAUUGCGCCUUGUGCAAUCCUCGACAUUCUUGGCCCCCCGUACUCCAUAGAAGAGGAUAGGGAUUGCACAUACUACACUGAUAUUCCAUAUACACACCAUUCGACGGCAGACGGCACCACUGACCUCGCCAGCGUGGAGCAAGAUCAAGGCCAUCUGGCAUGGCUAAAGGAGAUCGACAUGCCGAGGGAGCUGAAGAUGUGCAGCGUCCACUACGGCGGCCCGCCGAUCUCUGACAAGUGACCGACGCCCGCUCUCUCCGGUUGUAGCUGUACUGUACCUAACUGAUGUCCAACUGAUCAUGGCAGGAUCAUCCUGAGUUCCUGACCUUGUGAAUAGCACUAGCAGCAAGCCAUGAGCCUUCGCAGACAGACUCCCACCAGUUGGCGAGAAACAGAAUGCUUGCUUGCCUCUGUGCACGCGGCGUUGUUGUUGUUAGAUGUUUUCCUGGCCUAUGCUUCGUUUUCUUCUUUUUAAAUGGAUGUUUCCUGUUCUUGGUUCUUAGUUAAUACAUAGAUCAUCCACAGAUUAAAUUUCGUUUCUAUAUCUCUUUAGUGUUCGGAAUUGACUGUUUAUUUCAA